AUGCCUGCGUCCAGUACUGUGGGUUGCUGUUCCACCAUGAAGGCUGGCCUCUCUGUGUCCAUGAGAAGAUCGUAGUCCAGCUGGCCUCCAUCGACUGGCGAGCCUUAAAGCCUGGGGACUUCUACCUGCAGGUGGUGCCCUACCUAAAGAAGUUUCCCCGAAUCGUACUGAAAUGUUUGGCCAAGGACAGGCACAGUGUAGAGGAAGUUGUGGUCCCGGAGGUCUCCUACACCUCUAUUUUCUCCCUGGCAUGGUUGCAGUCCAUCAAUGGAGAGCGGAUGGGUACAGCGCUGGAAAACUGUUUACUCACUUCCGAUGGUAAAAUAUUCCGGGUUCCCUGGAGUAGCGUAAUUCAUCCUGAAUUUAUCGAGAAACCAAAACCCGCUGAAAAUCAUCUCACCUCUUGCACAAUGACUGAGGAAGCUUCCCAUUUGCACGUGCCAACGGAGCCUUCCAAACGUACCUCGCCUGCUGCUGGACCUGCAGCGUUGCAGGCGCACGAAGUGGCGCAAGGCCAUUCGGUCCUUCACAGGACUACUCAGGAACCAACCGACACCCUUGUCAAUGGGGCGAGCGCCGGGCCCCUGGCGGACUCUGAAAGUGACCCUGAAGGAGAGUACGUCGAGCUGAUGGAUGUUUCGCUGCAAAGGUUUGGGCCUCACACGGGCUCCUUGACGCAGUCGAAAGCCUUACAUUCUAGACCGCGACCAAGAGCGGCUGUCUCUGCAGACAGACACAGGCGUGUUGCCCUCCGGGACGGUCACACGUGCUCAAAGAGUUUGGUUGGUUCAGCACUCACCCAAAAGCAGCACAGUCAGAUGGACUCAUCGUGGAGCUCUUAUGCAGGGGACCAUGGACACGCCAUUCGUUUGGAAAACAACACGCGGGUGUGGCACGGUGAACCGUUGCCCAAAAGCCAGCUGGACGCCAAGGAUCCGGGGAGUGUGGGGAAUUCAGAGCCUACCUCUCACACAGCUGUGUCUGCAACCGGCAACGCAGAGAGUUCAUCCUCCGUGGGGCCAGGAGCACACAGCGCACACAUGAUAGACUGGCGAUAUGCUCUGUGCAGUUACCACGACGCUUGUGCUGCGGACAGCGUGGCUGACAAGGCCCAGUUCACAGAGCCCCCUGGAAAACUGGAAGCUGAACAUGAGGCGUGUGGGGCAGAAACUGACAAUGAAGCCACCGAGCAGAGCCUGGAAGCACUUUUGAAUAAUGCUGCUACGAGGGAGGGAACGCAAAACCCCUCGAGAGCCAGUGGGGGUGGCGACAGCACCGGAGUGGAUUUCGCUCCUGUCUCUGUGACCGGACAUUCCACCCUGCCCAGCAGGCAGGACAGAGACUCUGGCAUGCUGAUUACAGCUGAAUCCUCAAGCCUGCCAGAAGGCCGCCCCCAUUCCUCAGGGCAGGCCCCCGAGAGAGUCGUAGCAAUUGGGCACUGCGGUAACGCACUGGCAGAAGUCAGUCCGCCUGCCCUGUUGCACCCAGGGGAGGCCGAGCCAUUAGGAGAGUCAGACAGGGGGGUCCGCGUGGAGGAAGUCUGCAAAGAGACAGAUGAGCACACGUUCCCUGGGAAGAAGCAGGCUAGUCAUCCGUCCUCCUCUGCUGUUGAAGGGGGCAUGGAAGGAUCCUUGUCACAGGACAAAGGACAAGAGGUCAUGGACUGUACGCAACAGAAAGUAGAAGCUAAAUUACUGCAAGCCACUGGGCCCAUGGGGAUCAGCCAGAGUGCAAACCAGCGACCUAGCAAUGGUGCCGUGGUAGAUGUCCACACAGAGAACGCCUGCCCAGUUGAAACCAAAAGGGACAGAGGGAAAUGUGAGGAAACACAACACUGGGUGGAAAUCCAGGGUCACAAAAGUGUCGGGGUGUCAUCAACCCCAGUGGAAGGGGGUGGCCCGGCACACGUGGCAGGACAGAAUUUGCUGGGCGGGGAGGAGAACAGUCAGAGUGCUCGUGAGCACGAGGGGUUGGACAGAAGGACCAUCCCAAAGGCUGGGAAUGACUCGGCAGCCUUGGGAGUUCUAGACACACCACAAGCCAAAGCCGAGGAACCGGCGGCCGCUCUGCUGCCCUCUCCCACUAUGGAUGGGGAUACCACGAGGCCAACGCGGCAGGCUGAAAGGGGCGGCGAGGCCAAACCCCUGCCUCCCCCGCAGGAAGCAGCCAGCGGCGCGUCCCCUCCUUCAGGACCGCAGCGGGAAGGGGGAGAAAAGAUACAGGACGGAUCUUGCACACGUUCCUGGGAGCCCGGGGGUGGAGUCUGCUCCCAAGAGGAAGGCUCAGCAGCCGUCAUUCACCAGGAGACCUCCUCUUCCGGGGCACCCAGGAGCUGUCAAAUUGCGCCCAGCACAGCGAAGGACGUGAACCUGGAAGUCCUCAUGAGCGGUGUUGCCAGCCUGCCGGGCACCAGAGACAAGAGUGGGCGUGCGGUGGCCAUAAUCACCACGAGGAACACCGUCUGGCUGAACCCCCACUGCAACACCGCCGAGCUGGUGCGCCUCCUCCUCUACUUACACAGCAUCCCCAGGGCCGCGUGCCGAGCGCUCGGCCUCACCGUGCUGGUGGACGCCCGUCGCUGCUCACCCGUCCCCGCCCUUUUUAAGGCUUUCAACCUACUGCAGGAAAUGGCUCCACACUGUAUUCAUGGAGUUCUGCUGCUUGUCGAAAGAGAUCUCGCCUUCCGGAUGGAGAAGCCGCCAGCGCUGCAGAUGGAGCUCCUCACCUCCAUGAAGUCCCUCCACAAGCACAUAGACAGCACGCAGCUGCCGCUGGAAUUGGAUGGGACCUUCCCAUACUGCCAUCGGGACUGGUUAAGCUUUCGCACGAAACUGGAGCAUUUGCUGCAAGGCUGUCAGGGUGCUUGUGCUUUCCUUCAGGAAGCCAUUCAGAGAGUGGAGUCCUGCCGGUUGCCAGAAAGAGCUGAGCCCGGUCAGCAGGCGCGUGGUGCGAGGCCCAGCGCGGCGGAAGGUGGAGGGAGUUACACCAGUUGA